GCGUUUAACAGAUAUUGUGAACGAGAAAGACAUAUGGGUAUAUUCGUAUCGUAUGCCAUCAGAUAGUAAUAGUUCUAUUAAGAUGGAAGUGGGCAUUGAAGACUGCUUACAUAUUGAAUUUGAUGAGACGAUUACCAAAUUUGAGAUUAUGGAUGGUGCGCCAGUACGCGGUGAGACGAUUCCUAUUCGCCUGUUUCUCGGUGGAUUUGAGUUAACACCAACCUUUCGCGAUGUAAACAAAAAAUUCUCUACACGUUAUUACCUUAAUCUUGUGCUCGUUGAUGAGGAAAACCGGAGAUACUUCAAACAACAAGAAAUUACCAUUUAUAGAAGAAGAGUUGAUGAUGGCCUUCCAGCAGAAGAUUAA